UCCUUCCGCGGGUUAUAUCAGAUGUAAGCGUGUGUGUAGGGUAGUUCUUUAGGACCUUAUCUUUAUUUAAUAAAUUAAUUAAAUCUCGAGAACUCCCUAGCCUUAUUAAUACGUCUUGUUUUGUUUAGAAUUAUGGGCAAUGCAGUGCAUGCAUCCACUCCCAGGGAUGAUGUAUUUGCUGAGCCUGAAACGACACAAUCGCAAGAGCGUCCGAACGUCGAAGGCCCUGGAACUGUCGAGAACAUUCACAAUAAAGCCCAUGACAUAUUCCCCGUGCCUUUUGAGGGUGGUAGACUAGUUGUUAAUAAGGGGCUUUCCCCCAACUUUCAAGUAAACCACUCUGUUUCACUAAAUUCUGAUGAACAAUCGGGUUACCGUUUCGGUGUUACGUAUGUCGGGCACAACAAAGUUUCAGAUACAGAAAGUUAUCCGGUUUUGAUGAGUGAACUUCAGCCCAACGGGAAUAUGCAGGCCCAAAUAAUUCAUCGAAUGUUUCCUUCAGUAUAUGUUCGCUAUAUCGCUCAGCUCCAACGUCACCGCUUUGGGGGACAACAAGCUUGUGUAGAGUAUCGCAAACCGAAAGUUCAAGCGUCUUUAACUCUUAUUAAUCCUGAUAUUGGUCGUGGUCAGUGCAUGGCUGCACUAGAUGUAAUGCGCCAAAUCACAAAACGAUUAGCUCUUGGAAGUGCUUUCUUUUAUCAGUGCUCUCCCCAGCUACCUGCAGGGCAAGACGGUGUUUUUAGCUUUGGUGCGAAGUACACAUCUUCACAUUGGCAAGGUGCUGCGACUAUCCGACCUUGGCAAAGUUCGUUUCACAGUAGUUUCCAUGUUCAAGUUGACGAUAAUCUUCAGUUGGCAGCAGAGUUUGAAUCAAAUUAUCAACAACAAUCAAAUACUACAACUUUAGGUUACAAGUAUGAAAUUCCCAAAGCAAAUGUCACCUUUAAAGCACAAAUGGACUCUAACUGGAAUAUAGCUUCCUCUUUAGAAAAAAAAUUAACUCCAUUUCCUUUCACAUUUUCUCUGUGUGCAAUGUGCAACCAAGUAAAAGCCAAAUACUCUUUUGGCAUUGGACUUAUGGUUGGUUAGGAUUUUCAUGUUAUUGUUUUGUGCAUAUGCCCGGCUUUUCCCCUCUAAAUGCACAAUUUAGCUGCUAGAUAAUCUUCAAGUUCAUGUAACCUUGCUGAUCGUUUCUGUAUAUAGCCGAUUAUUUAUUCCAAUAUGUAAUCAUUAGCUUGUAAUACAAGCCCUAAUUUUGCAGCUGUAUUUCCGAGUGAGAUUAUGCUUGUUAUAAUUAACAUUAGUCAACCAGUCAUGUUUUGUGAAUAAAAUUAAUACCUUUGUAAGUA